CAACUACUCUGCCACAGCAUCCUGACAAAGGAUGCGAGCAGUGGAGAGGCGUGCACUCUUUUUUGUCUUCGUUAUACUGAUCGGGUGUUACAUGCAAAGCACAGUGGACUUAACUUUCUCCACAUUGUUGGAAUGACAUCUUUGAGUGUGAGGUGCAGCCGAGCAACAGCUGAGCACUCAGAGCUGAUGAUGGACAGAUCUCAGCGUCACCUGGACUUCGUCCUUCCAUGCUGACUGGGCAGACGUUAGUGAUUUCUACCCUUAUUUUCCUUAUGGUACUUAUCUGGGACAUCCACACUGAACCUCUGUGUUGUUGGAGUGUGCUGUUUUAAUCUUCCCAGCCUGCAUUGUUGUCUUUGGGAAAAGCAUCGCUUGGAGAAAAGUGGCCACGUUUAGAUGUGUGUCCCCGUGAGGAGCAGUGGACUGUCUGCUUUAAGGACUCCUGCACCCGCUGAGAGCCCCUGGAAGCUCCCCGUUGUGCAUCUGGGAUGGUGUGACCUCCAGCCAGCUGUUGGCCAUCCCACAUCUGGGUCAAGAUGCCGGUGAUGAAGGGCCUUCUGGCCCCCCAGAACACCUUUCUGGACACCAUCGCUACCCGCUUUGAUGGCACCCACAGUAACUUCCUGUUGGGUAACUCCCAGGGUCACCGCGGCUACCCCAUCGUCUACUGCUCGGACGGCUUCUGUGAGUUGACGGGAUUCACACGCACUGAGGUGAUGCAGAAGAACUGCAGCUGCCGCUUCCUGUACGGGACGGACACCAGCGAACAUGUUGCACACCAGAUGGCGAAAGCCCUAGAGGGCCGAGAAGAGUACCAGGCCGAGGUCCGCUUCUACAAGAAGAAUGGAUCUGCUUUCUGGUGUCUUCUGGACAUCGUACCCAUAAAGAAUGAGAAAGGGGAGAUGGUUCUCUUCCUUUUCUCAUUCAAGGACAUCACUGACACCCACGGAAAAGGGCACCACAACAACAAGAAAGAAGUUCCAGAUGACAAGAGGCGCAGACGGAAGAGCAGCUCUCACUUCAGCGAGGCCAGGAAGCGUGGGCGCACCAUGUUGUACCAGCUGACCAGCCAGUUUUCCAGAGGAGGCAAAGGAGAGGUCAACCUGGGCCGAAACGUGUUUGAUAAGCCCACGGUGCCCGAGUACAAGGUGGCAACAGUGGAGAAGUCCCGCUUCAUUCUGCUCCAUUACAGCUUAUCCAAGGCCCUGUGGGACUGGCUCAUUCUGCUCGCCACCUUCUACGUGGCCGUGACCGUGCCCUACAAUGUCAGCUUCACCACGUAUGUCACGGACGCGACGGCACGCUCCACCAUCGUCAGCGACAUUGUGGUGGAAAUGCUGUUUAUUUUAGACAUUAUCCUCAACUUCCGUACAACCUACGUAAGCCAGUCGGGUCAGGUGGUAUAUGAGCCGCGGUCCAUUUGCAUCCACUAUGCCACCACGUGGUUUUUUGUAGAUCUGGUGGCUGCACUGCCCUUUGACCUCCUCUAUGCCUUUAACAUCACCGUGACAUCUUUGGUCCAUCUGCUUAAGACAGUACGACUGCUGCGCCUCCUGCGUCUGCUUCAGAAGCUGGACCGCUACUCUCAGUACAGUGCCAUGGUUCUGACCUUACUAAUGUCCGUCUUUGCCCUGCUGGCCCACUGGAUGGCCUGCAUCUGGUACAUGAUUGGACGCAAAGAGAUAGAGACAAAUAAUCAAGACACAUGGGAUAUCGGAUGGCUGCAUGAGCUGGGCAAACGUCUGGAGACGCCCUACAUUAACAGCACAGUGGGCGGCCCGUCUGUGCGCAGCUCCUACAUCGCUGCCCUCUACUUCACCCUCAGCAGUCUGACCAGUGUGGGCUUUGGCAAUGUAUGCGCCAACACAGACGCCGAGAAGAUCUUCUCCAUCUGCACCAUGCUCAUCGGUGCGCUGAUGCACGCUGUUGUCUUCGGUAACGUAACAGCCAUCAUUCAGCGUAUGUACUCGCGGCGUUCUCUGUACCACACGCGCAUGAAGGACCUGAAGGACUUCAUCCGUGUCCAUCGCCUGCCCCAGCAGCUCAAACAACGUAUGCUGGAGUGUUUUCAGACCACGUGGUCCGUGAACAACGGCAUAGACGCCAACGAGCUUCUGCAUGACUUCCCUGACGAGCUACGGGCAGACAUCGCCAUGCAUCUCAAUAAAGACAUCCUCCAACUGCCUGUCUUUAAAGGGGCCAGUCACGGCUGCUUGCGCUCACUCUCCCUCCACAUAAAAACCUCCUUCUGCGCUCCAGGAGAGUACCUGAUCCGUCAAGGCGAUGCACUGCACGCCACCUAUUUUGUCUGCUCCGGUUCUCUGGAGGUGCUGAAAGACAGCAUGGUGCUGGCCAUAUUAGAAAAGGGAGACCUGAUUGGCUCAGACCUGCCUGGGACAGAUCAGGCAAUCAAGACCAAUGCUGAUGUGAAGGCCCUGACCUACUGUGACCUCCAGUAUAUCAGCGUGCGCGGCCUGAGGGAGGUGUUGGAUCUCUACCCGGAAUACGCCAGUGUGUUCACGACUGACAUCCACAACAACCUCACAUAUAACCUGCGUGAGGGCAGCCAGGAUGAGGGUAUCAGCAGGAUCUCAAGGUCACCCAGGCUUGCCCAAAACACACAGGAACACCGGCUGCCAUCUAUCGUGGAAUCCAAAGGUGAUAACCUCGACGAACCCUUCCAUCUUUCUCCGGCUGCGCGCUCGCGUCGUAACCUACUGCUGCCCAGCUUCGCCAGCCCUGUUCGUCGUACCUCCCUGGGGAACCUGCUGGGAGAUGAGCUGCGCCAGUUUAACGCUCUGCGACGAUGCCGUUCACCCAACCUUAGCCGUGCCCUUCACGGACACAGUUUGUCCCCUCAGCCACCACCAAAAAAAGAACACAGCAUCCACACCUCAGCCCCCUCCAUAGCUUCACCUUCAGCACACACGCAGCUGGGGAACGAGCAAAAACCCUCCAAGCUACUCAUCCCGACCGUCGCGUGCUUUGCACCCCCAGAUCUCAGUCCAAGGGUUGUAGACGGCAUCGAAGACAAUGGGCACACAUUCCAUUUCAACAUGGAACACAGUGGGCUGAAAGCCAGCACAAGAGGCAGCACCCAGGAUGCUGUACAGGUUCAUGCCACCCUGCUGCUGGAGACUGAGGAGGUCAGACAGAGCAUCAGUCAGCUCACCCAAAAGAUGGGCACCUUAAACCAAGAGGUGUCUGAGCUCACCAAGGACCUGCACCACAUGAUGCACCUCCUCCAGGCCCAUGUGUCUGUGCACCACCACCAAGCCGCCCUUCCAUCCUACCCACAUGGUGUCCACAGGGUAUCCAACUCUCCCGCAGCUUCUAACACGGGUACAUCAUUCAACCUGGCUUCAAACCAGUACCUCUGUCACAAACCGGACAUCCAUGAGAGCAGUGGCCAUCAAAGCACCCCACCUGUCAGCCACUGGAGUUACAGUGCCACUGCAGAAACCCAAACAGAAAGCCACUCCCAGUCUUCAUCUUUGAGUACAGUAAAUCCCAACUCCUACUUGCCCCUCACUGUAAACUCUGAACCUACAUUAGGCUUGUGUCAUAGCUCUGGAAAUGUGAUCACACAUCCUCGGACUGGUCCAUGUCUUCUUAGCAUCAACCCAGGACUUGCAUCUCAAACUGGGCAUGAAGACUCUAGCAGUAGACCUCUCAGUGCUGCCCGGGCAACCAUCAGCCAGUCCCACCCGACUUUGUGCCUGCAGAUUCCUGGUGACAGUGGUGAAUAUUCUUGCCUUUGGUCCAGUUCUUCUGCUUCUAUGCAUGGCCUGCUGGCACCAUCUCACAGUUCUUACCCCCAUCUCUGCCUGCCCUCAGAAUCCCAUCUUCACUUCGCACAAGAUCUCUGUGAUCCAAAGUCAGAAUCUCAUAAUCUGAUUCAGGAACCACACCUCAACAUCCACCCUCUCUCAUCAUCUCCACCCACAGUUUCCAACCAGCACCCUCUACUCCAGGAUUCACCAAGCCUGACUGCUCUUGAGUCCCAAUUCUCACUGGGCGACCCAUCUACUAUUGUGCACACUAGUCUCGAGUGCCUACUGGGUAACAGGGACUCUGUGGAGAGCAGGGACAGUGGAAGUACAUCUUCCCGAAGGUCAAGCAGUGGAGUCCAGACUCAGAGCACAGAGCAGUCGUGGAGCCUGGACCUCACAGACUAGACUGACCAUUUUUAUAGUGGUGGACUCCUUCACAGAUACAGUGGCAAUGUAAAAAAGUACUCCAGCUGUUGAAAUGAAACUUGUUACAGUAGCUAUAAGUUUACUCAAAAGCUUCUGUACUUCUUGUUUAGUCUACAGUCUUUUUCAUUACUUAGUGCUGGUUUUUUUCUGCACUGCUGCAUGUCAGUAGUUUGACAGUUUUUAGACGGUAUCAGACCUGUUUGCUUUUGUAAUUUUGUUUCCCUACUGGAGGCAGUAGUUCAGGCCAAUAUGAAGCCCGGAGCAGCAGCUUUUCACUGUUAGCUUAGUAUAGCAGGUUAUUGCUUUACAGGCCCAUGAGGCCCAUUGGUGCUGGUACUUAUCUUUGGACUCCAUAGCAUGAGGUGGAUGAGAGUCUA